CCUUAAAUCUAACAUACCCCACGAACUUCUCUCUCUCUCUCUUUCUCUCUCUAACCAGUAACAGAGCAUAGCCAUUGAUGCUGCUUAAAAACAGUCCCUUCGUCAUCCAAAUCUGUAACCACCAUGGUUUUGGACAUGUCGAACAACCAUCCUUCUUCUCGUACCAAAGAUUUCUUCGCUUCUCCUGCUCUUUCUCUCACUCUCGCCGGUGUAUUCCGAGAUGCCGGAACACCAGCGGCAACGAGGAGCCCCGAGGUGGAGGAAGGAGAUGAAGAAAGCAUUGGUGGUGGAGUCCGAGAUGAGAUGCUCGAGAUUAGUAGUGAGAAUACUGGUCCUGGAAGAUCCGACGAAGAUGGAGAUGCAGAUGCAGUACAAGACGAUGAUGAUGCCGAUGAUGAUGAUAAACACAAGAAGAAGAAGAGAAAGAAGUAUCAUAGGCAUACGGCUGAGCAAAUCAGAGAAAUGGAAGCUUUAUUUAAGGAAUCACCUCAUCCAGAUGAGAAACAAAGGCAGCAGCUGAGCAAGCAAUUAGGUCUUGCUCCUAGGCAAGUCAAAUUCUGGUUUCAAAACCGUAGAACUCAAAUCAAGGCUAUCCAAGAGCGACACGAGAACUCUCUACUGAAAUCUGAAAUAGACAAACUCAGGGAAGAGAACCGAGCCAUGAGAGACACAAUUAAGAAGGCCUCUUGUCCAAAUUGUGGUUUCGCUACUUCUAGUAGAGAUACAACAAUAACCACCACCGAAGAACAGCAAUUACGCAUCGAAAAUGCAAAACUGAAAGCAGAGGUAGAGAAGUUACGAUCAACCAUUGGGAAAUGUCCACCAGGGACUGUAUCGCCUAGCUCAUCAUGUUCUGCAGGAAAUGACCAAGAGAACAGGAAUUCUUCAGACUACUAUACAGGAAUUUUUGGGCUUGAGAAGACUAGAAUUCUGGAAAUUGUGAAUCAAGCCAUGGAAGAAGUCACCAAAAUGGCCAUAGCAGGUGAACCAUUAUGGAUCAGGAGUGUUGAGACUGGCCGCGAAAUACUUAAUUACGAUGAAUAUGUUCGAGUCUUCGCCAUUGAUAAUCCAAGCAAUGGAAGGGUCAGGCGAUCAAUUGAGGCUUCGAGAGAGACUGGUGUCGUCUUUGUGGAGCUUCCUCGGCUUGUCCAAGCUUUUAUGGAUGUGAAUCAAUGGAAGGAGAUGUUUCCCGGCAUGAUCUCCAAGGGAACCACUGUUGAUGUUAUUUGCAGUGGUGAAGGUGUAAACAGAAAUGGUGCUGUACAAUUGAUGUUCGUGGAGCUGCAAAUGCUGACGCCUAUGGUGCCCACAAGAGAGGUAUAUUUCAUCCGUUAUUGUAAACAAUUAUCUGCUGAGCGUUGGGCUAUAGUUGAUGUAUCCAUUGACAAAGUUGAACAAAAUACGGAUGCACCCAAAUGUAAAAAACGCCCAUCUGGUUGCAUCAUUGAGGACAAAACUAAUGGCCACUGCAAGGUGAUCUGGGUAGAGCACCUAGAAUGUCAAAAGAGUACAGUUCAUACCCUGUUUCGUUCCAUUGUUAAUAGUGGUUUAGCAUUUGGUGCAAAGCAUUGGAUGGCAACUCUGCAGCUCCAAUGUGAAAGGCUUGUUUUCUUUAUGGCUACUAAUGUUCCCACAAAGGAUUCACUUGGCGUAGCUACUCUAGCUGGGAGGAAAAGCAUUUUGAAAUUGGCACAGAGAAUGACAUGGAGCUUUUGUCGUUCAUUGGGUGCAUCUAGCUUUCACACAUGGACUAAGAUCUCAACCAAGGGAGGAGAUGAUAUAAGAGUUGCUUCUAGGAAGAAUUUGAAUGACCCAGCAGAACCUCAAGGGGUGAUCUUGUGUGCAGUUUCUUCUGUUUCUUUGUCUGUCUCUCCUCAUAUCCUAUUUGAUUUCUUAAGAGAUGAAACUAGACGAAAUGAGUGGGAUAUCAUGUCAACUGGAGGUCCAGCUCAAUCAAUAGCAAACUUAGCCAAAGGACAGGAUCGCGGUAAUGCAGUGACCCUUCAAGCAACGAAAUCAAAAGAGAAUAGUAUGUGGAUACUUCAAGAUAGUUGCAUAAAUGCUUUUGAAUCAAUGGUUGUCUUUGCUCCAGUCGACAUUACAGGGAUGCAAUCAGUGAUGACCGGAUGCGAUUCGAGCAACAUUGCUAUAUUACCUUCAGGUUUUUCAAUUCUUCCAGAUGGGCUUGAGACAAGGCCUUUAGUGUUCACUUCUAAGCCAGAGGAGAAGACAAUGGAAGGGGGAUCUUUGCUCACUAUAGCACUUCAAAUCUUGGCAAAAAGCUCUCCUACAGCCAAACUAACUAUGGAGUCAGUAGAAACUGUUACUACUCUUAUUUCAUGUACAUUGCAAAAUAUCAAAACAAGCUUGCAGUGUGAAGAAUGUUAGUUAAUUUUUAUGUUUUGUUACAUACUUAUUGCAGUGUCAAGAUGGAUAGUUUGCUUAAAUUUCAUCUUUUGUAACAUAGUCCAACAACAAAUUAAAUUGUACAAGUGACACAUCUAUUC